AUGUUAAGUUUUUCUUGUCUUUUUUUGUGUUUUUCGAGAUGCACGAAGCGAGUGCGCUGGAAGCGUGCGGAGACGGGCCAAUUGCGAGAGAAUUGGACUUGUUUUUGUACCCUACAAAGCAGAGCGGGGGCGAAAGCGCGGGGAAGGAGAUGUUGUGGAAAACGAGGCGCGGUCCGUGCCCUUGUGUACGGACGCGGCGGUAGGCGGGGAACGUGUGGCGGCGCGUGGAGGCGGGUGGUGGCGGUGAGUGCGGGUCGACAGGAGGUACACACACGGACGGCGUGGAGGGCGCGGCGCACGGAAGCGGGCAGGUUCGAAGCGGCGGGUCGAGGCGCGUUGCGGGAGGCGAGGGAGGCGGAGCGGAGCGGCAGCUGCGCGGCGGGGGGAGAAUUAGAAGGGGAGAGACCACGAGGCGAGGGGUUGAGGGCGAGGGGGGGAGGGCGGCGGAGGGGCGGCUUCGUGCAAGGGCUCGCAACCAAGGAAGGGAAGGGGAGGGGAGGGGAGGGGGGUAAACGUGCCAAGGGGGUGGAGGGCGGUGUAGGGCGGUGA